GGGCCAAUCGGGGCGCGGGUCACGGCGCAGGCGCGCUGGGGAGGGAGGGCUAUGCUAAUGUUGUUGAUAUCCUGGGGCCACCCGAGUUGAAGGGGGGGAAAUCCGGGGGCUGCCGCAGCCGCCACCGGUCUGGGCCCAACCCGGGGGGGGACCCCCCUGUAGUCGCCGCAGUCCGGGGGAGAGGUGACUGGUCCCCGGCUCUGGGAGGGGGCGCCGCGGGCUCGGGGAGCACGGACAACCCCUACCCAUGAGGCCCUGAUGGAAAACACAAAGGAUCUGAGUCGGAAGAGACAUUAGAGGUCACCCCCAAAGCAGCCGUCCCCCCCUCUGCAGCUCCUGACAAGGGCUUUUCAGGUUCAUACUUAAGGACUCAUACCUUUCUUCUGAAGAACUGAAAGUCCAUUCAUGUGAACUAUUUUAUUUUAUCAUACAUCCUUCCUGUGUGACAGAGCAUUCUUCACAACCCAGAAGGGAAGGCAGACUCAUCCGGGAUGUUUGACGGCUAUGACAGCUGCAGUGAGGACACAAGUAGCAGCUCUAGUUCUGAGGAGAGUGAAGAAGAAGUUGCCCCUCUCCCUUCCAGUCUCCCAAUUAUCAAAAACAAUGGACAGGUCUACACAUACCCAGAUGGUAAAUCUGGCAUGGCUACCUGUGAGAUGUGUGGGAUGGUUGGUGUGCGAGAUGCUUUUUAUUCUAAAACAAAACGUUUCUGCAGCGUUUCAUGUUCAAGAAGUUACUCGUCAAACUCCAAGAAGGCAAGCAUUUUGGCCAGACUUCAGGUAACGGGUAAGCCUCCAACAAAGAAAGCAAAAGUUCUUCAGAAACAACCUUUAGUUGCUAAACUAGCUGCUUAUGCUCAGUAUCAAGCUACCUUGCAAAAUCAAGCAAAGACAAAAGCAGCAGUCUCCCUGGAAAGCUUCAGCUGGGGUAACUACAUCAAUAGCAAUAGCUUUGUAGCAGCUCCAGUUACCUGUUUUAAACAUGCACCUAUGGGGACCUGCUGGGGAGAUAUAUCAGAAAAUGUGAGAGUAGAAGUUCCCAAUACAGACUGCAGCCUGCCUACCAAAGUCUUCUGGAUUGCUGGAAUUAUAAAACUAGCAGGUUAUAAUGCACUAUUAAGAUAUGAAGGAUUUGAAAAUGAUUCUGGUCUAGACUUCUGGUGCAAUAUAUGUGGUUCUGAUAUCCAUCCAGUUGGUUGGUGUGCAGCCAGUGGAAAACCUCUUGUUCCUCCUAGAACUAUUCAACAUAAGUAUACAAACUGGAAAGCUUUUCUCGUAAAAAGACUUACUGGUGCCAAAACACUUCCUCCUGAUUUCUCACAAAAGGUUUCAGAGAGUAUGCAGUAUCCUUUCAAACCUUGCAUGAGAGUAGAAGUGGUUGACAAGAGGCAUUUAUGUCGAACGCGGGUAGCAGUGGUGGAAAGUGUAAUUGGAGGUAGACUGAGGCUAGUGUAUGAAGAGAGUGAAGACAGGACGGACGACUUCUGGUGCCAUAUGCACAGCCCCUUAAUCCACCACAUCGGUUGGUCUCGAAGCAUAGGUCAUCGUUUCAAAAGAUCUGAUAUUACAAAGAAACAGGAUGGACAUUUUGAUACACCACCACAUUUAUUUGCUAAGGUAAAAGAAGUAGACCAGAGUGGAGAAUGGUUCAAGGAAGGAAUGAAAUUAGAAGCUAUAGACCCAUUAAAUCUUUCUACAAUAUGUGUCGCAACCAUUAGAAAGGUGCUGGCUGAUGGAUUCCUGAUGAUCGGGAUCGAUGGCUCAGAAGCAGCAGAUGGAUCUGACUGGUUCUGUUACCAUGCAACCUCUCCUUCUAUUUUCCCUGUCGGUUUCUGUGAAAUUAAUAUGAUUGAACUUACUCCACCAAGAGGUUAUACAAAACUUCCUUUUAAAUGGUUUGACUACCUCAGGGAAACUGGCUCCAUUGCAGCACCAGUAAAACUAUUUAAUAAGGAUGUUCCAAAUCACGGAUUUCGUGUAGGCAUGAAGUUAGAAGCUGUGGAUCUCAUGGAGCCACGUUUAAUAUGUGUAGCCACAGUUACGCGAAUUAUUCAUCGUCUCUUGAGAAUACAUUUUGAUGGAUGGGAAGAAGAGUAUGACCAGUGGGUAGACUGUGAGUCUCCUGACCUCUAUCCUGUAGGGUGGUGUCAGUUAACUGGAUAUCAGCUACAGCCUCCAGCAUCACAGUCAUCAAGAGAAAGCCAAUCAGCUUCAUCAAAACAGAAGAAAAAAGCUAAGUCCCAGCAAUACAAAGGACAUAAGAAAAAGAGGAAGAUGCCAGUUGGGAAGAAGCCUGUCAGUUUGUCGAGCGGGGUGCGGAGGAGCUUCUCUGGUGACGAAGAGUUGACUCCUCCUCCAUAUGGAACCCUGCCAGCACAGACAGCCCCUGGGGCCUUCCCACCUCCCAGCACUAGCCGAGAGUUCAGGCCCAGCCUCAAAACAGUGACUACACUGCAGCUGAAGGAGGAGUUGCUAGAUGGAGAGGACUACAACUUCCUCCAAGGAGCAUCUGAUCAGGAAAGCAAUGGCUCUGCCAACUUCUACAUCAAACAAGAGCCAUGAAUGAACUUGAGGGUGGGAGGGGGAAAAUUUUACACAGGACUGAUUUAUAAUCAAUCUAGCUGUACAGCGGGCUAUUCUACUGGGACAUUUUGCUAAACACAGAAAAUUUCAGUUCCAGAUUUUUCAGGUGGGUGGGGAAACUAUUUUAGUGGGGGGGGGGGAAUUUUUCAAUUUAUAAAGAUGGACAAUUUUUGUGUUGUAUUUGAAGCUUUUGAAAGAAUUUUGUAAUAUUUUCCAAGUUUGGAUUUAUGUGCAUUGUUAACAAGAACUGAAAUUCUAACUUUUUUGGUAAGAUUAAAGUUUAGGUAGCAGGAUUGAAGGAAAUGAUUUACGAAGGAGAUAGUUGUAAAUGCAAAUGAACUGUCAUUACAAGUGAACCUUCUUGGUACCUGUUGGGAGAUUUUUGGAUUUCAGAAGUUAGGCCAGUCACAUCUCCAGCUUCCUUUGCUGCAGAAAUAUGCAACUGAACCCUCACAGAGGCCCCUCCCCACGUUCAUACAGAGGGGCCAUUUAUUCUGCUCAUUGGCGUUUUAUUGCAAGCCCAUUUUAAAUGUACAGACGUUUUUCAUUCUGCGAAAAUUUAUUUGGAGUUCUAUAUGAAACUGGAAGAACUCUGGAUACUUUUAAUGUUCUCUUUUAAGUAGGGAAGGAGUAAAAUUAUCCUAACACUAAAACGUUAAACUGGAAUGGUUGACAAAAUAUACAGGAUCUCAGUCUACAUGAUGAAGGGUUGAGAAAAUGCAAUAUUAUCCUGAGUUUCCUUUGUUUUCCUUGCUAACAAACCCCUCAGAAGGGAUUCUGAUGGGCAUCGGGCCCAUUUCCCCUCCAUCUGGAGAUAGCAAUUUGGUGCAGCCACACCCCAAAACAAAUGUCUACAUGACCAGGAGAAUCACAUUCUAAGGUGAUCAAAGCCAAUAGAUAUAGAUUUCAGAAUCAUUCCAGCUCCACUUUUAACUACCCUGGAUUUGUCAGAAAACUGAUCUGAAAGAGAAUUUCAUUUUUUUUAAAUUCCGUAUAUAUAGUUUGAAUUGUCUUUAAUUGUAGUCAGAAUUUCUUUUUAACAAUACAACUGAUUUGGACCAUUUUGAACAUUCCCUAUUUUACAAUUCACUUAGCAUCCUUUAGUAGGAUAAAAGGGUAAAUUGAUGAAAGGUUUGCUCUCUGCAUUUUCAAACCUUCUACCGAGUUGUGACUGAAUGAGAGAGUGCUAGUGUUUACCAGUAAGGUUCAUAAACUAUAAACUCUCAGGAAUUCAUUGCAUCUGUUCUAGAAGUGCUCGGGGUCUUAGCCUGACCUCUUCAGAGUGGUAAUGCUGACCAUCUCCUCUGGAAAACAGGCAGGGCUAAUUAGAAAUUAAUCAAAAUGAUUAACCUCUACAGUCCUUCGGCCUAUGGAAUGCUUUAAAAA